GGCUCGCUCCGGUAUAAAUUCGCCGCUCAACUCUACUGAAAUCUGUCCAUAAAGUAAGGCUGAAAAAUCAAUUAUGAGUGGAAGUUCAGCAGUGAGGAGACUGCUGCCUGUCUCAAGGAAGCAGUUGAGGAGAUCGUGGAGGUACAUCAACGCUGCAGUCUCACCAGUCCACUUCAAUAAUCCGUCACCUCUCCUGGAGGAGCAGAGUAGAGGACUGAGAGUGAGGUCAUUCCUCUGCAGUGCUCCAGGUCCAGCCACCACUGAGGCUCAGGUCUGGCCCCAAAGUGAUCGGGACGACCUCCCAAGUCUCUGGACCACUUCCGCAAACCUAGUCAACCUGCUGCCGGGACCACUGGCGAUCAGUAGGAUGGAUGGUGUGAUGGAUACACUCUGCCUCGCCCUGUGUGGAGUGAGGAGGAAUUGAACUCUGUCCAGAUCACUCACACUCCUCCAGAGAAACCUGUUGACACGGCUGCCUAUUACUCUGUGCAGAUGCUGAGGACGGGGUUUGAUCUGUUGUCUGGGUAUUCGUGGGGCAAGAGGUUUGGUACACUGGAUGAGAAGAAGUGGCUGUCAAGAAUCAUCUUGAGACAGUGGCCGGAGUACCAGGUGAGAAAGAUCCAGCAAUAUGAUCUUGACUGUAAUGUGAUGCAAUACACUCUACAUGUCUCCACGUAUGAUAGGUGCAAUGGUGCGUCACUUGAAGUCUCUGCGGCACAUGACUCGGGACCAUGGCUGGAUACACACCUUGCUGGAGGAGGCAGAGAAUGAGAGGAUGCACCUCCUCACAGCUCUGGAGCUGAGGAGACCUGGACCUCUCUUCAAGAUUGCCGUCACUGGAACACAGGGUGAGCCACUGAAAGAAAUGGCUUAUGAGAUUCCAUGAAGUGAAGGGCACUUGCCUCAUUCUUGGACAGCUCUAGAUGAAAUAUCUUGGAAUGUGGACCGACUCUCUCUACUGAAAGUGACUCUCAAGAAGAAGCUAGACACAUUGAUGGGACUCGAUGCAGAGAUCAUCUAAAACACGCCAGAGGAUGGAUUAGAUGAUGAGAUUAAGCAAUCAGACGAAUACGAAUACCUUGGGGAAAAUGUACCUGUGGGAAUGCAGUUGGAUUCCUAACCGAUGACAUUGAUGCUGAACGUUGUCCUAACUGGUUCGUCUGCCAAUCACAUCAUGCAUUGAACGAAAGGGGUGAUGGGGCUACAAGUCUGCAGGUCGACAUGUCAUUGGGAGUGUUUGCAGGGGUGAUGGGGGGAUUUACUGCUGUUCAUACUACAUUGGGUUGGGUAUUGUCAGGUGCUGCACAGAACUCAGCAAAGUGUUGGAUGAACAUGAACACCACACAUACACUCCCUUCUGACACACAUGCCUCCGAGACCAUGGGUCUAGAUCAGCAACACAACUUCCUACCAUUCCAGUCAGAUGCCCCGCAAUUGAGCUACUCAGACGAGACAUUACGCCAAGGUAAUGCUUGGGACUACGCCAACCAAGGAAUUUGGCAAGCACAAAAUAAUUCUAGGAAUACCAUGUGACCGUCUACUCUUCGAUGUGUCAGAGUUGGCCCAUCUUGCCAAGAAGUUUCAACCUGAAUCUUGUCAGUGUAAUUGGCAAAUUCUACCACCUUUUUGGUCCCUGACACCUAUCGUUACGAGUGUGUUAAUAGAGUCAAGAAAACUUAAAAAGAAUCAGACAAAGGUUAUUCAUACCUAUGGGGGAAAAGCCUGACCAGUUACAUGAUCGACUCAUGUGUUCUAUGUAGGACAUUCAAGGGAACGCCUUUACACAGUCCACCACACCCACCACUAUCCAACUUUAGGGUGAAGAAAGAUCCAACUAUUCUGGGGUAGAUUUGCUUGUCCCCUAACCUUUUGCGUCUCUGGCCGUCAGCAAGGUAUGGAUCUGUCUCUUUAUGUUCUUCGUAACUCGAGCCUUACAGUUGAAUGCUAGAUCAGUCUAGGGAAACAUUCCUAAGAUGCCUGAAGCAGUUUGCCAAUGGUGUAUAUCGUCAUUAUUCAUUGUUACAUAUCACAUGAUAAGAGAGAGAAUUUGAGCAAGCGCAUGUGAGUUUCAAAUGCUGAGAUACGAAUCUGUGAGCAGAGAGCCC